AUGUCUUUAUUACUGAAAUAUAUUGAUGCUCCACCUCAAAAUCCAAUUGAUUUCAAAAUUCCAUUGAGUGAUCCUAUGGACUGGCCAUUAAUUCCAUCCAUUCAAGAUCUAAAAAAAGCAUUGUCAAAUAAUGAAAAUGACGAUUCUGUUCCUAGCUACUCAACAUCUGAAGUUUCGCAUGAAAAAAUUAUAGCAAUUGAAGCAUAUUUAACAUCCAUUAAUUUUGCCAAUGAAGAUUCAGCGUUUUUUACAGCAUUAUACCACACAUCUCAAAAUUUCAUAUUUAUGAACUAUAAUAGAGCAAAACAUGAAUUAUCAUGUCAAUGCGGCGCUCAUUAUACAGUUUACUAUGACAAAACGCUCAAAUGUUACAAAAUACAAGUUGAUAAAUCUCAUUCGCAUUGUAUGGAAUCAACAACCAUCCCCACAAUAGUAUUAGAUUAUCUUAUUGAAUCAAAUAAUGAAUCAUUUAUCAGUAAUAAUUUUACAAAUUUUCAUCGUAUCGUUCAAAAACAAUUCAAAAGGGAAAUAGGAGAAGAUACUUUUCGAAAACGUGUAAAAGCAAUUUUUCAUAUUACAGAUUCUGAUUUAGUGAAUAGUUUCAAAAAACUAAUUUCAUUGAAUAAUCAUAUUGUUGAAUCAGGAGGCUGUUCCAUUAUUUCUACAGGUGAAAAAAAUGAUAAAAAUGAGUAUAUUUACAAAGUUAACGAAUUAAUUGAAGAUCCAAACUUUAUAAUAAAAUGUAUUUCAAUUUUACCACCGGCAUCAGAAUUGUUUCUUAAAUCAGAAAGAUUUAACAAUAUUCUUCUUGUGGAUGCCACUAGAACCAAUACAAUCUGUGCGGGUAAAAUGGGGGUAAUUGCCACUACAUCUCCAACCAGACGAGCUAUUCCGAUAGCAUAUGGUUGGUCUGUGGAAGAAGAUCUUCCACUAAUGUCUAGUUUAUUUAAGACAAUUCUCAAUAAAAUCACCAAAAAUGACAUUUCAAUUAUCUUGAGUGACGGCGGAAGAGCUAUUAAAGGGGCAUUAAUUGAAAAUGGAUUGAUUCAAAAACAACGGAGAUGCAUUUUUCACCUUUUCGAAGAUAUGAAAUAUUCGAAAUGUAGAAAAAUAAUAUGGUCUUUGAAUUUGGCUAUAAACUCUGUUGAUUAUACAAACAAAUUAAAUGACAUCAAAAAAUCAAUAACAGAAAAUUAUCCAAAUUAUUCGGCAACAAAAAUUAAUAAAUUUAUUAAAAAAUUAAAAGACGCAAAUCCCUUUAAGUUCAAUUCAUUUGAACAAUCAAAAACCUGA